ACCACGACGAGAAAUAGGACUAACAACGGUGCAAUAGCCUCCUCUUCGCAAGGCACUAAUGAUGCUGACAUGAUGCAGACCAUGCGAGAAAUAGCUAGAGUUAUGUCUCUGAGUGAGAGUAGUGGGAUGUACUCCAUGACCGCACUAAAGGAGUUCCAGAGGCAAAACCCUCAAGUGUUUAACGGUGAACCUGAUUCGAUAGUGGCAGACAAUUGGAUUAGAUAG